AUGGCUGGUGGAUUUGAGAAUGUUUUCAAAGCACUUUGUAGAGCACCAGCAAAUUCCAGUGAAUCAGAUGAGGGAUCAACUAAACAUAUAACCAGUUCCAUUGUCAAACCAACUGUUGAAAGUAUACCAAAACUGAAACUCAAAGUUCAUCCCGAUUUCACAGCUGAUAAGGGUUAUUCUCCCUUUUCAUUAAAACAUUAUAUUAAGAGUCCACCUACAGACGUGAAAGUGAUAUCUUAUGAUCGUGGCAACCACAAAACAUCUAGUGCUAUCAACCAUGUAAAACAUAGUCCUUCUCAGACAAGACAGUACUUAAGGAGUGACAAGUCAAAAGAUGCUGCAAAAAAUCAUGUUAAAAAGAAACCACCUCCUAAAAAGAUUUUAUUAAAGAUGAUACAAAAGGAUGGGAAAACAACAGACAAUUCCAAAGUUAAAUGUACUUAUCAAAAACAAAUUGUGUUAAAGAAAUAUGGAUUGUUGUUUCCUGGACGUAAAAAUAAAAAUAACUUAAAACACACUAAAACAUCUCCACCAAACAUUACCAACAAUAUUAGUGGUCUGAGUCCUUUAUUGACCGAGGACAGAUUGAAUAGUAGUGUCCCAAAGACAGAAUGUGAUAGUCAUUAUUUCUGUCAACAAGGUGAAGGGCUGUCAAGAAACAGUCCAGAGGCAGCUAAAAGUGUCAUUUCUUCUCCAGCUAAUGCGUCUGUUGGGGAAAAUUCUAUAACUGAUCCUUGUAUUUCUCCUCUCUAUGACCCUGGUAUUGAUAACCUUGUCACUCAUGAACAUAACGAUCAAGUAAAACAGACUUCUGUGAAAACCAAUACUGCAACACACCUUCAACAGAACAUCAACACCGGUAAAAAUAGUAAAAAACAAUCUACCCUUGUAGGGAAUGAGAAAUAUAUUAGGCAAUGUUAUACUUCUAGUCAACAUCCUGCAAGCUCAAAAGAUUUACAAAAUGCAAGUGAUAUGCCAUGCCAAUCAAAUGACAAAAAUAACAAAUGUUCAAAAACUAAAAGAAAACCAAGAAACUCUGUGAAUUUGAACAAAAAAAAGAGACGUUAUUCAGGAUAUAAUUCUGAUCCUGAUUUUGAAGUUGAUAAUACUGAGGCUCACAGUGUAAUAGAGGAACCAGUUGUUGAUCGCAGAAAACGGUCCCGUCUGAAACAUAACAAUUCCUGCCAAUGUUGUAUCAAUAAAAGCGUUCAGUUUUCGAGGACUCAAACUUUAAGGUGCAAUACAUCAAUAUAUGAACAUUUAUCAAAACCGAAUCAAAAUUUUAUUUACCAUUCGAUUCAACAGUCAAAUGUAAAAAGUAAACUUUAUUUGUUUUUCUGUUCUGUGUUUCCUAAACUUGUGCCCAUCUUACAUUCAAUGACACCAGAAUCUCAAGGAUUUUAUCUUUUUAUUAAUGAAAUGUUAGAGUGUCUUCAAUCUGCAGAGAAAGAACAAUUAACUGUAAAUACUGUUGAUGUUAUUAAUUUAUUACAAGAAAUGGACAUUCAGAAUGAGUGUCAAACUAUUCCAGUGUUUCAACCAGAUGUGAUAUUGUGCCAGAAUCCAGAAAGGUGUUUUUCCAUAUUUCGUGAUAAAGUUGUUAAGUUGUUACAGUUGUUGUUACCGUCUUUAGUUGUGAGUUUGGAUGGAUAUUUAUCUACAACAAAGGAUCUUGAAUUAUUUUUAGAUAAAUUAUUAUCCAGCAAUUGUUGA